CACCGUUUCUCGCCUAGUGGCCAUAUUUGUUGAUGUGUCAUAUGAAAGUGACUUGUUGAGGUCCAUCAGCUGGGUUGACGGCGAAGCCGUUGUUGGGCUCUUUGGAAGUACAUCAUGGCCUGUUCAUACUCGGCUUAACCUAGAGAGGCGACCAUUGACCUGUCAGGUCCAACUUCAGAUGAACAAAAUAUGGAUGGAUUAGAAGCUGAACCUCUGCCCGAGGGCUCUUCUGUUUUAAAUCAGCCCAGCAUCAGCACAGUCAACACAGAAAAUGAAGAUCAAGUGAAUCACAAAAGUGCAGAGGAGGAAGAAACAUGCACCCUUCCAAAGAAUGGAGUAGCGCCUGAAGGCGAAUUGAUGAAGACUGAUGAGUCAGACACUCAAUCGUGCACUCAGGAACAGGUUGAGGGGACAGUGGCGUGUGCCGAUUCUGGCUGUCAUGACAGUACUGUUUUGAAAGACAGUGGGACAUCUGUGUUAUCCAGUGAAAUUGGUGGAACUUUAGAAGUGCAGUCCAACUCCAUCUCUUUGGAUGAUGUAGUAGAGAACUCUCCAUCUGUUCUUGAGGGUACAAUAGAGACAAUAGUGAGCUUUGAGGAAGUAAACAAUAUCCAUUCCACAGUCCCUGACUGUAUUGAGCAGCUACGAGUUUCUACUUGUUCUGCAAAUCCAGCGCCUGUUAACGAGGAUGAUCUAAGUGACAGUCCUUCAUCCACUUCCAAAAGCCUUCCCAUUGACUCCACCACAACAUCUGGUAUAUCUAAUGGCCCCUCGACUCCCAACUCUGAUACAGUCAGUUCAUCUCUUCCUUCCAGCCCACAGACAUGUAGUAACGACACACCGCCCCAAGAUUCAACAUCCAGCCCUUAUGACACUGACUGCACCCGCAAUCUAAUUUCCCAGAUCCAGCGCUCACUGUCACAGGAGUCACUGUUGGAUGAGCUUGAGUCAGAGCUUCUGGCUUGUCAGCUGCCUGAGGGGAAAAGUGGUGGCGAGAGGAAAGGGAGCCCGCCUGUCAAUGGACUUCCCAGCGACCAGGAGGGUUGCAUGAUGGUCUUUGAGAAGUGUGUGCAGUACAAGUAUGCACAACAAGAGAAAGCUAUACAGAGGUUGCUCGAGGAGAACAAAAGACACCAGGAGCUGAUCCUGGGUAUCUGUUCAGAGAAGGACAACAUGAGGGAGGAGCUGAAAAAGAGGACAGAGACAGAGAGGCAGCACUUGGGCAUCAUCAAAAAAUUGGAGACCAGGGUGGAGGAGCUGAUAAAGGAAGUGAAGGAUUCAAGGGAUAGACAAAUCCACCAGGACCAAGCUGCUAAGGCUGCCCUCCAGCAGAUUCAGAAGGAGACGACACAAAGGCUGGAACAGGCAAACAGGAAAUGUGACGAGGCCCGCCAAGAGAAGGAGACAAUGGUGAUGAAGUAUGUGCGAGGGGAGAAAGAAGCUCUUGACCUGAGACGGGAAAAGGAGGCGCUGGAGAGGAGGCUGAGGGAGGCCACGAAGGAGGUAGACCGACAGGCGCUCAGAGGAAACCAGCUGGCCCAGGAAAAAGGCCGACUGCAGCAGCUGUUUGAAGCUAAGGAAGGUGAGGUGGUGAGGUUGACUCGAGAAGGAGACAAGUUAAAAGAGGAGAUCAACUCCCAUCUCAUAAAAGUCAAAUGGGCACAGAAUAAACUCAAGAGUGAAGCGGAUGCACACAAGGAGACAAAAGACAAGCUCAGAGAGACCACAUCCAAAUUAGCCCAGGCCAGAGAGGAGACAGAACAGAUCCGAAAAAACUGCCAGGACAUUAUCAGAACGUACCAGGAAUCAGAGGAGCUCAAGUCCAAUGCGCUUGACGCAAAGCUGAGGGAGACCAAAGGAGAGCUAGAAAAACACAAGCAGGAACAAACAGACCAAUUAGAGGUCCAUCGAGUCAAAGCCAAGGAGCUGGAAGACCUGAAGAGGAGUUACAAGGAAGGCAUAGAUGAGCUCACCACUUUACGUACCAAGUUAAAAUGUUUGGAGGAUGAGCGACCACGCUGGGAGGACGAGCUGUCCAAGUACAGGGAAAUCAUCAACCGUCAGAAAAAUGAACUGGGUCGACAGAAAGAAAAGCUGGAUGAGGUCACUGCACUUCAGGAGCAGCAUGAAAGAGACAAACAGGAGAUCGCGUCUCUUCGUGAGGAGGUGGACGGCUUCACCAACCAAAUGGCUGAUCUGCAGCGUGACGUACAAGGAAGCAGGGAGCGAGAGGCAGAGCUGCUGGGCUUCACGGAGAAACUGAGCAGCAAGAACGCUCAGCUUCAGUCUGAGAGCAAUUCACUGCAGUCGCAGCUGGAUCAGCUCACCAGGAGCUACACGGAGCUCCAAGCUAAGAUGGAGGAGAGCAGCAGGCUACUGGAUGACAAGUCACGGCAGCUAAAGCAGGAGGAAGUGCUGAGGCAGCAGGAGGUGCAGGCCCUGCAGGUGGAGCAGACGGUGUUGCAGAAUGAGGUCGCCCAGUUAAAAACCAGAGUCGAAGAGCUGAGGGACGAGCUGGUGACACAGAAGAGAAAACAAGCCGCAAACAUCAAGGACCUCACAAAACAGCUAACACAAGCCCGUAAAAGACUGGAGCAGACAGAGAAUGGAGGUGGCGACCGUGAGGUCAGCAGUAUGGGCAGUCGAUCUAGCUCCUCAGGUACUGCUCCGGGAUUUGGUUCUCUAAAUGCCCGCCAAGGCGGAGGCAGUGGUGGUGAAGAACGAUCACCGGAAAGCCAGUCAGCUCCUUCCAUGGUGCUGGCAGAUAGCUUUCCAGAGGUGGACAAGGCUGUGCUCGUAGACCGCAUUGUCCGUCUUCAAAAGGCCCUGGCUCGCAAGCAGGAAAAGAUUGAGUUCAUGGAAGAUCACAUCAAACAGCUGGUGGAAGAGAUUCGCAAAAAAACCAAAAUUAUACAAAGCUACGUGCUGAGAGAGGAGUCAGGAGCGCUGUCGUCAGAGGCCUCUGACAUUAACAAGGCCCACUUGAGCCGACGCGGGGGCAUCAUGGCUUCGCUUUAUACCUCCCACCCGGCGGACAGCGGGCUGACCCUGGAUCUGUUGCUGGAAAUUAACAGAAAGCUGCAAGCAGUACUGGAGGACACGCUAUUGAAGAACAUUACUCUGAAGGAAAAUCUACAGACACUGGGCGGUGAGAUCGAGAGGCUCAUAAAACAACAAAGGAACCCCGAGGACGGAGUGAAGAGGAAGUGACCAAACUAAGUCU